CUGCUGUUACCAAGAACACCACAUUCAUUCACACUGUGCCAUCUCUCAUUCAUCAACUUCACAAUCACACCCUUCACCACCAACCAACCAACAAACAAUAACACACUCACAUUCCCCAGAUGGCCUCGCAAACAGCUACUCAUCCAACUACUCCCAGUGCUCAAGUGGUUGGUAAUGCAUUUGUUGAGCAGUAUUACCGUAUUCUUCAUCAUUCACCAGAUCUGGUCUAUCGUUUUUAUCAAGAAACUAGUGUGGUUAGUCGUCCGGAUUCCAAUGGUGUGAUGACAUCAGUUACAACCAUGAAAGGCAUUAAUGAGAAGAUUAUUUCUCUAAAUUACAAGGAAUUUAAAGCAGAGAUAAAGACUGCCGAUGCACAAAAGUCGCACGAGCAAGGAGUGACUGUGCUGGUGACUGGAUGUUUGACUGGCAAGGAUAACUUGAGAAGAAAUUUUGCGCAGUCAUUCUUUCUUGCUCCGCAAGACAAUGGCUAUUUUGUUCUAAAUGAUGUUUUUAGGUAUGUAGAAGACUGGGAACCAUCGGAACUGCAUCCAGUUAAUGGAGAUGGUGAUGCAACUGCUGUUACUAUAACCCCAGAACCAGAACAUAGUCAUGUUUCUGAUCCUUCUGCACCAGACCCUACAAAUUCUCUUGUGAACGAGGGUCAAAUGGUUGCUGAGAAUACUUACGAAUCAUCUAGCAAUCACGAGGGACAGAUAGUUAUUGAAAAUGAAGACAUUGUAGAACCACAUUUUCAGUCAAAUGGGAAUGAUGAUUCUCAGGCCACAGAACUGGCUUCUUCAGCUCAGGAGGAUGCUCCAAAGAAGUCUUAUGCAUCAAUUGUGAAAGUCCAAAAAGGGAGUUUGGGAUCAGCUAAAGUCUAUGUGCCAACUAAUACUAUAAAGACAGGGCCUAACAAAACUGAGAGUCAAGUAGUUGAGUCAGUAGAUUCUGCUGCAGUCCAUGAAGCAGGACCAGAUAGUGUCGGCAACCCUGAAAGUAGUGAUACUCACAAGGAUGUUGAAGGACACUCCAUUUACAUUCGAAAUUUGCCCUUAAAUGUGUCGGUUGCUCAGUUGGAAGAGGAGUUUAAAAAAUUUGGACCCAUUAAGCCGGAAGGCAUCCAAGUCAGAAAUAAUAAGCAGCAAGGAUACUGUUUUGGCUUUGUUGAGUUCCUAUCUCUAAAUUCGAUGAAUAGUGCAAUUCAGGCUUCACCUAUUACUGUUGGGGGAUAUCGAGCUGUAGUUGAGAUAAAGAGAACCACUACUCGAGUUGGCAAUGGAACUAGCAGUACUGGAAGAGGUAGAAUCCCAACUGGAAGGAGUGCAUUUCGAAAUGACUCUUUCAGGGGUCAUGGGAAUUAUGCUGGUGGUCGGGGCUAUGGUCGAAAUGAUUAUGGAAACCAUGGCGACUUUUCUGGUCGAGGUCGUGGUCCUGGCGGUCACGGAGAAGCUUAUCACCAAGGGAGAGGGAGAGGUGGCCGGUCAAGUGCACAAAAACAAAAUGCUGUGUCCAACUAAAUGUUGGAUGAUUUUUGGGAGGUUCUUCUGAAACCAUUUUCUUGGAAGGUUUAUAAACAUGGGAAUCUGCUGAAUUUUCUUGCUACCAUCAACCUUCUAAAGUUUCUCAUGCUACUUUCACUGCAUUUGCACAGCUGUAGUAUUUGUAGCUUUAGUUGUUAUUGCUAUGAUCCUAGUGGUUUAGUGUAGCAAUCAGGAAUAGGUAUACUCUCUUCUUUUUUUAAAAACGAAACAGA